GCGCGGGCUUCCAGCUGACGGCGAGGGAGUCGGGCCCCAGGAACCCCGUGUGGUGCCGCGGGUCUCCUCGCGCUCCCCUAUGGCCGCGGACCCCCGAGUGCUGGCCCUGGCCGCGCGGGUCGCUGAGGGCAGCGAGCGGGACGUGCCGGGGCUGCUGCUGAAGUUAAAGGAAAUUUUAAGCAGUGCUUCCUUGGGGCAUCAGGAGUCCAAGAAAAUUAAGCAAGACAUAUACUUUUAUGAUCUGAUUCACUACUGCAUGCUGGUCCUUAGACAAGAUUGCUCUCGGCUGCAGGGAGGCUGGGCUACUGCUGCCCAGCUUGCAGAGAUAAUAAGUCAUUGUUGUGUAGGACUGGAGGUGAAAGAAGAUCCUGAGGAAUUUUACAAGAAAUUUCUUCCUUCAGCUGUAGACAACCUGCUGUUCUUGGGGAGACGCCUGCAAGCGCGAUUUAUCCGAGCAGUCAAGGAUGAAGAAAAACAAGAUUUUUUACGCUAUUUCCAAACAGUAACUGAUGCCAUCUGCUGGCUGUUUGGUGGACAUAUUCAACUAACAGAGUGUGUGCUGCAAAAUGAUCACUUCCUGAAGUUGCUAAUAUCAGACAGUGUUGAAACAGCAGUUACAAUGAUGUCUGUUUUACACAGUAUCUUGGGGGUCAAUAGUUCUGUCCUGCUUCGGGUUGAUGAAGAGAUCCUGCAUUCCUUAUUGGAUGAACUUGUUUAUAAGCUUUCAUCUUCUACCAACCCUGUCAUAGGAAACUCUGCUACAAAAUUGCUGUUGCUGAUGGCAAAAUUUUGCAAGCAGCUCCUGAAGUUACUGGCAGCUCGCUACAAAGGACUAAAUGUGCUUUUAAGUAAACAGUGGACUGGCAAAGGAUUUGACAGGGAUCUCAGUCAACUUCUGGACUUGCUAUACUUGGAACAAUCCAAUGGAAAAGAGGAAGUGCAGAGACAGCACCAAGCAGCUUGUGUAAUUCAGGCAACAUGGAAGGGAUUUCAGACAAGAAAAAGACUGAAAAAACUGCCCCAAGCAGUGACAGCUUUGCAGAGAAGCUUCAGAGCUAAACGAGAGCAGGAGCUUCAGCUUUUGGAGAAACAGAAGGAAGAUGAGGCCCUAAAACUGCAAAUGCAGAUCCAGAGACAGAGGGCCAUGAGACUCUUCCAUGAAAGACAGCUGGCCUUACUGGAAAUAAUCCAUCCCAGUCAGAUAAAUAAGCACAUGCAGGAAAUGGAGGUGAAAUCUGCAUUAACUAUCCAGAGAUUUUGGCGAGGGUAUAGAGCAAGAAAAAAUUUUCAUCAACAGAAACAGUCUCUUAAGGAGUAUAAAGCAGCUGUCAUCAUUCAGAGAGCAGCUUGUAAGUUCUUGGAAAAACAAAGAAGAAAGAAAACUCUCUCUUCCUGGAAAGAUCCCAAAGUGCUGACUGAUGAGCAGAGAGUAGCUUUACAGCAGAAGGUGGAUGACUACAUCAAAUUGCAUCCGGCUUCCCAAAUGUCAGAAGAAAUGAGUAAAGAAUUACAUAUGCAGGCCCAGGAAAAGCUGGCACAGUUCCUGCUGAGAAGCAGGCUGGAUCAGAGAGCAGCACAGCGGAGAGAGACGUUACUGGCUCAGGUCAACACUGAUGUGGAGCUGCUAAUGAAUGCUCCGCAGUUAGCAGAGACCACAGAAAAAGAUCUUGCUGUUUUCAUGAGUCGAUCAGUCCCUGUAGCUACCAAGGCCAAGGAGUCCCACAAUGCUAUGCUGAAAUACGCUCGCUGGCCGUGGUGGAAGAAGCUUGGAGAUGAGUUUGAGGAGGAUGAUGUCAUUCCUGAUGACAUCCUGAAUGCAGAACUUGGAAGUCUGUUUAUUGGUGGAAGGAAAUCCUUAUAGCUAUUGGUGGAAGCUCAUCCAUUUACAGGCAGAAGAAUCUGUUACUCAUUUAGCCAGGCUCAUACCUUGCACUAUGCAUUACUUGUACAUGUUUUUAUGAAAGCAAAACACUUGAAUUCUAAGGCAAAGCUCUGAAAAAGAACAAGGUUUUAUUUUACUUACCUUAUUAAGAAUCUUUCUGCGCAUCAGCAGUAAAAUAUUGACUGUGCUAAUACCAAAAGGAUUUAAAUACUGUAGUUGCUAAUAAGGAUAUUUUGUAACUGUUUCAAAAAGGAUUUAAGUACUGUAGUUGUAAAUACAGAUAUUUUGUAACUUA